CAACCAUUCUACUUUCUGAACCAUCUGAAAGGAACAACAGAUAGCAAGACAGAAAGCAGGAUUCAGUUGGUCAUGAAUGACCAGGAGCUGUAUCUUUGAAAACUUCUUCAGAAGGUUGCUUCCUGAAGUCCCGCCAGCCACGACCACGCUAGCCAUGCAGCGCUCGAUCUUGAAGUUGUUUCAGAGCCGCGUCCAGAAGCAGCAGUCCGUUGAUUCUAGCGAUGGGGUAGUGAGCGAAGGCGACGCUUGUUCGGUGGCCUCGCAGGAUAUCUUUAAGGUGGUCUCUGAUGGAAAUACUUCCAGACUUCGAAGUUUAAUUAAGAAGAAUCGUAGAAGACUUAAGAAACUGGAUAGGCUGAAUGCUACGCCAUUGCACCAUGCUGCAGGAAAUGGUCAACUUGAGUUAAUGCAAAUGAUCAUGGAUGGUUCUUCACCUGAAGCUCUAAAUGUAGCAGACGUGUCUGGAAAUACACCACUGCACUGGGCUACAAAAAAACAUCAGACCGAAAGUAUUAAAUUACUUCUCAGCAGAGGAGCCAACCCAAACAUCCUUAAUGUCAAUAUGAUUGCUCCACUUCACUGGGCUCUGCAUUAUCUUCUUGACGAUUUAGUUACGAUUUUCCUUGAAUGCAGCAAUACGAAUAUAAAUCUGGAAGGAGAAGGUGGGAAUACACCCAUACUAUUAGCAUGUUAUAAAGAUAAUCCUACCGCACUGAAAAUUCUGAUUGAAAAAGGCGGUGACAUUUGUAAAGUGAACAAUAUGGGCUGUAUGCCAGUCCAUGCAGCUGCCUUUUCUGGUUCGAAAUUAUGUUUGGAGAUGAUUAUAAAGCGAGGUGAACAACUUGGGUAUUCACCUAAAAAUCAUAUUAAUUUUAUUAAUAAUGAGAAAAGUAGUCCUCUUCAUCUAGCUGUCCAAAGCAGAGACGUGGAAAUGAUUAAAAUGUGCAUUGAAUAUGGAGCACAGAUUGACCUGAAACAGAGUGACAACUGCACAGCUCUUCAUAUUGCUGCUAUCCAAGGAGCUACUGAGAUUAUCGAGUUACUGAUGUCAGCUUAUUCAGGGGAGGAGUGUCUCAUUAACGCAUCAGAUGAAAAUAAGGAAACAUUGCUCCAUAGGGCUGCAUUGUUUGAUCACGAUGAAAUGACAGAUUAUCUCAUUUCAAAGGGAGCAAAUAUUGAUAGUGUUGACAUUGAGGGCCGAACACCAUUAAUACUUGCCACUUCUCGUGCAUCAUGGAAAAUUGUGAACCUGUUAAUUUCAAAAGGAGCAAAUAUACAAUUAAAAGAUCACCUUGGUCGUAGUUUUUUACAUCUAACUGUCCUACAUCCUGGAGGGUUGCAGCAUCUGAAUGAAGAAUUUUUGAAGAUGAAACAUAUUAGAGAUCUUCUAACUGAUGAGGAUCAUGAAGGAUGCACUCCUUUACAUUAUGCAUGCAAACAAGGCAUGCCCCUUACAGUGAAUAUCCUCCUUGACAUGAAUGUUUCAGUAUAUGCUAAAAGCAGAGACAAGAAAUCUCCAUUACAUUUUGCAGCUAGCCAUGGACGAUUGAACACCUGUCUUCGACUUCUGGAGUCUAUGGACGAUACCAGACUGUUGAAUGAAGGAGACAGGAAAGGGAUGACACCUUUACAUCUGGCUGCUCAAUAUGGACAUGAGAAAGUAACCCAGCUUCUCCUAAAGAAAGGUGCCCUCUUUAAUAGUGAUUAUAAAGGCUGGACACCUUUGCAUCAUGCUGCUUUGGGUGGAUAUAGUCGCACAAUGGAAAUUAUUUUGAAUACCAAUAUGAAAGCCACCGAUAAAGUAAAUGACAAAGGGGACACAGCUCUUCAUCUUGCUGCCAGAGAAGGCCACACAAGAGCAGUGAAAUUACUUCUUGAUGCCAAUGCCAAAAUUCUCCUGAACGAAAGUGAAGCUUCUUUCCUUCAUGAAGCCAUACACAAUGAACGAAAAGAUGUUGUAAAGAUUGUAAUUUUACAUAAAAGAUGGGAAGAAUCUAUAUCAACAUUUUCUCACUUUUCUUCUAUAAACAAAUGUGCAAUACUAGAGAUGGUUGAAUAUCUUCCCGACUGUUUAAAAUUGGUUUUAGACAAUUGCAUUGUUAAAUCACCUGAAGACAAAGGAUCUAAAGACUUCUUUGUUGAAUAUAACUUCACAUAUCUUCAAUGUCCAUUGCAAUUUAAGAAGAAAGUUAAAGAGAAUGAGGGAGUAGUUUAUGAGCCGCUUCUUGCUUUAAAUGGCAUGGUACGUCACAAUCGUGUUGAACUGCUUAGUCAUCCUGUUUGUACACAAUAUUUACUUAUGAAAUGGAUGGCCUAUGGUUUACGAGCACAUAUUUUGAAUCUGGCUGUGUAUUCCCUUGGCUUAAUACCUCUUACGCUCCUGGUCACCAAUUUAGAGCCAGAUAUUUCUUUCGAUGAACCGCUUCAAUAUGGACCUUUUGAUAAUAAGAAAUCAUACUUCAUUAAAGUUUGUAUGUCUUUAGUUUUUAUCAUGAGUUUAUUUGGUAUCUGCAAAGAAAUAAUACAGCUAUUCCAACAGAAAUUAAACUAUUUGAUGGAUUAUUCUAACCUUCUUGACUGGGCAAUUUAUACUACAAGUCUCAUUUUUGUGUCAUCUUUACUUGUGACGUUACCAGUUCAUUUACAGUGGCACUGUGGUGCAAUUGCUAUACUCUUGGCUUGGACAAACUUCUUGUUCUAUUUACAAAGAUUUGAAAAUUAUGGAAUAUAUAUUGUGAUGUUCUGGGAAAUUUUGAAGACUCUGAUACGGAUCAUUGUUGUUUUCUUUUUUUUGAUGUUAGCUUUUGGGCUCAGCUUCCAUGUUCUUCUUGGUUCACAGGAAACAUAUGGCACUCCAUAUCUUUCAGUAAUGCAAACAUUUUCCAUGAUGCUAGGAGAUGUCAACUACCGUGAAGCUUUCCUUGAACCAAUGCUUGUUGAUAAACUCCCUUUUCCAUUCCUGAGUUUUUUAAUUCUCAUUCUCUUUUCUCUGCUUAUCCCAAUUCUUCUUAUGAACUUGCUGAUUGGUUUGGCUGUUGGUGACAUUGCAGAGGUGCAGAAGUUUGCUGCAAUGAAAAGAAUAGCAAUGCAGAUUAAUCUUCAUACAAACCUGGAAAAAAAACUGCCAUAUUGGUUUCUCAAUAGAGUUGAUCAACAAUCCAUGGUUAUAUAUCCUAAUAGAUCUAGAUUUGGUGGUGUUAUGAGCAUGUUCCAGUAUUGCUUUGGAUGGGAUAAUCUAGCAUCUGAUGCAAAGAAUGCUGAUGCAGCAAUAGAACUAGAACUAUUGAAACAGAAGUACAGGCUUAAAGACACUGCAAAUAUGGUAGAAAAACAGCACGAUCUCCUUAAACAAAUUGCAAAAAAAAUGGAAGUAAUAUCUGUGGUAGAGGAUGAAGAUCUAAAUGAUUCGCUUCAGAGCCAAUUUAGGAAAGAGCACUUUGAAAAUACGAACAGUAAAUGGGACACAGUGUUCAAAGCAGUGAAAUCAUAAUGUACCUGAUUACAAUUAUCCUCAUAUUUUGAUAAAAUAGCUUCUUAGUAGGAAAUGAAGUUACCAGUGUGGUAUUUUAAGUUGGGGCAGAAGUUACCAUUGUGGGACAGUAGUAUGUCAAUGUGGUUUGCGGAAUUGAUUAGCAUGUCCCUUCAAUUCCAGUCAAGCUGGCUAAUAAGCAAAUACUGGGCUAUAUAAUGCUGGAUAUUCCCUUCCUGUUGGCUCAGUGUAGAUGAUUGCUUAUUGUCAGGUUGCAAUAGUGGCUAGCCAGGACUAGCUGAAUCAAAACUUAUUUCAGCAUAACUAUCAUAAGUUUCUGUAUUCUAUAUUUAAAAGUCUUUUUUCCAGCUGCAUGGUAUAAUGUUAAUUUAAUUAUUACCAUAUACUAAAAUGUUUCCAAUAGAGAAAAAUAUAAAAGACAAUAAUUUAGUUUCUUAAAUAUUAACGCAUAGCAUAAUUAAUGCUGUAGCAGCUUUGCUGAUGAAUUCAAAUCAAACUAACCCAAAUUUAUCUCUCUGGAAUGUCAAAGAGAUUAAUAUGAUAGUUGGCUUCUCAGAGUGUUCAGUCAGAUCAAUCUCAUCACAUUAAACUGGUUUUCCUGAAAGUAUGGUAAUAGGGAAUAUUGAAGAUUGACAGUUCAGCCCUGAGCUACAGAUAUUCUCUUCUAUUGAUUCAAAAAAAAAAUUGGUUACAGAUCUAUAGCCGUCAACUUGUGCCCAUUUUUGGGAGAUAUUUCUAAUAAUGUUUGGAACAUUAUAUUUACUCACACACUAAUCGGCUAUCCACUCACAUAAACUAGGGAGUGACCCUAACAUUUUGAGAACAUGUAUUUUCUUAACAGGGAUGUUAUUAUUUACU